AUGGCGUUACGGAUACGGAAGUUAUGGCAUCUUGAAUCUGACAAGAUAUUAAGUGCGUCAGACAUGUCACGUUAUUGUUAUGGCCACUCAACGAAACUGCAUGAGAUCAAGUUGUUAAGAGUAUUUUUUAUAAACAGCUCAGCAGCAGAGAUUGUGAUCACCGUUGAUGUUCACAAAGCUAAAGAUCUCCUCCAAUCGGGCCAUCCUUAUCUUGAAGUAAGGACUGAGGAAGAGUUAAAGAAGGGGCACGCAGAUGCAGAGAAAAUUGUGAACAUCCCUUACAUGUUCUUCAAACCUGAAGGUAGGAUGAAAAAUCCUAGAUUUGUGGAGGAAGUUUUAGCAGCUUGCAACAAGGAUGACCAUCUUGUUGUGGGUUGUCAAAGUGGGGUCAGAUCUCUUGGAGCAACAACUGAUCUUGUUAACACGGGUUUCAAGCAUGUGUUCAAUAUGGAUGGGGGUUAUGCUGCAUGGGUGGAGAAGGGUUCUCUGUGA